AUGGCUUCCCCUGUGCCACCUCCCCCAUUGUCUUCCGUUGAUCCAAGCACCUCAGAGGUGGUCAAUAAGCGUCUGUCACCUCCUCACCGCUUUCCCAUCUCCUUCUCAACUCCAAAUCUCAGGGGAGGCAUCUCAAACAACAAAUCCAAGCUCAAACGGCCUCCUAAGCUUUCCAGUCAAUCUACAUCCGAACCAGAAAAUACUACUUCUCUCUCCGACCCCCUUGAUAUUAACUUGAAUAUUCAAGCAGUUCAAGAUGAUGAGGAUGACCGCUAUGAGUGGGCUGUCCUGUAUGAAAACCAACGAGGGAUCACUCUAUUUUCUACGUCCUAUUAUUCAAGUAAUUCCCUUCUUCCAUCCGACCCACCCCCCUUCACUGUACCAACUCUCUCACAAAAACGGUCUCACCAGCCAGUCGUAUCUCUCACAGAAUAUCCGCUGCCCGAUGGUAAUUGGCGUUGGGUUUCUAAAUCAUGGAUGAUCGACAUGCGUACCGAUUCGGGCGAAGUUCAACAUGACGGAUUUGAAUAUAACUGGGUAUUCCGGAGGCAUCAUUGGCGAGCUCAAGUAGGCUCAUUGAGCUCUGGAGGAUAUGUGAGGAGGCGAAGAUGGGUCCGGUUGAUGAUGCGUCCAGGGACAAAGACGAAACAGGGCGAGGAAAUUGCAGACUCUAUAGCAAGUCCUGGUGGAACCCCUGCAAGUCCGUCCUUGACAACCAGCUGGAUAGAGCGACACCGGCGACAAUCAAUGCCUCCAUCUGUGCUCUCGCCGUCUGUCUUUACAACCUCAUCUCAAGAAGAAUACGUCGAGUUGUGGCAAGGUAAUCUUGAAGAGGAUUGGAAGAUGUGUCGAUGUCUUUUACGGAUGGCAGGUCGCGAUGGUGCCAAGCUAGACCUGUGGCAGCGGUGGCUAGGCCUACUUGAGGAGAACGACCCGAAUCUACGGCCCGGUAAUUCACCUAGCACUUUGCCUACCCCUCCAAUCGAAUACUUGAAGGCUAUCUUACACGCUCAUGCCGCUGAGAUUUUAGAAUCUCUAGUUUUCCCCGAAUCUCGUGCACGCUUCAUCCAGUUCUUAGAGCGGGCUCGUGUUUAUGGCGAGCUACAGCAAGGUCUCACACCAAACUGGUCGAGAGUCGGUAAUGCUGGUGUUGCCUUUUGGAGCCUAAAUAGUGAAAUGGCGAGUGAUAAGGGACUCAGUGGAAUAGAAAUCUAGUAUACCCUACAAUUGUCGAUCAAAUAAAUACCGUACCAAGCGCUCGC